AUGAUAAAUGACAAGUAAUUAAAGCAUAUAAUAAAUAGGUUAUUUAAGUUAAUUUUUAUUGAAACUAAGAGAUUCAAACAAUUUAUAAUCAGCAAUCGAAUUAUUAAGAGCUUUUAGUGCUAUUCCAAUCUGUAUUUGAUAGCUGAAAUUUAUUACAAUGAAUUCUCCAGACUUAUCAUAAAUUACAUACUUUCAAUUGUAAUUAUUAUAACUAUUAUAAGAGAAAAUACAAGAGUCAUCUAAAGUAGAAAUUAAAAUUAAAUUAAAUUAUAAGCCAACAGAAACUGAAAUGAGAGAAUCUGGUCAUUAAUAAAAGUAAGUAGACUAAAUAAAUACUUUAGAUGA